GUGUGUGUGUGUGUGUAUUUCAGUCUCUGAAUCAGGUGGUGCUGUGGGAUAAGAUCGUCCUUCGAGGUGAAAAUACCAAACUGAACCUCAGAGACAUGAAAUCCAAAUACUUCUUCUUCGACGAUGGGAAUGGACUCAGAGCCAAUAAGAACAUCACGCUCACACUGUCGUGGAACGUCGUUCCCAACGCCGGGAUCCUGCCUCUUGUCGCUGGAAGUGGACACGUCAGCCUCCCAUUCCCGGAUACAUACGAGACCACCAAGAGCUAUUAGACACAAACACAAACCUGGCCAAUUUCAACACACUGUACACACACACUGAUGACUCACACACACUGUGCGCUGGUGUUUCUUCAUAGAUGUAAAUGAAUUUUUGGUUUGUAAUAAAAGUUGAGAUUGGAAAA